AUGGCGCAGCCGGUACAGCUGGCUCCAGGCUCGCUGGCGCUGGUGCUGAGUCCGCGGGAGGCCGGGCAGGCGGCGGGGGAGCCGGGCGGCCGCGCGCUCUUCCGCGCCUUCCGCCGUGCCAACGCGCGCUGCUUCUGGAACGCAAGCCUGGUGCGCGCCGCCUCGCGGCUGGCCUUCGUCGGCUGGCUGCAGCGCCGGGUGCUGCUGGUGCGAGCGCCCCAGCCCUGUGUGCAGGUGCUGCGGGAUGCCUGGAGGCGCCGAGCCCUGAGAUCGCCCCGAGGGUUCCGCAUCACCGCGGUGGGUGACGCCUUCCCAGUGCAAAUGAGUCCCAUAGCUCAGUGUCAGUUUGUGCCCUUGGCUGAAGUUCUUUGCUGUGCUAUAGCUGAUAUGAAUGCAGCUCAGGUGGCUGUGACACAAGAAUCACUCUUGGAGCAGUUGAUGAAACAUUACCCAGGUAUCGCUGUUCCAUCCCCAGACAUGCUCUACAGCACACUGGGGGCUCUAAUUCAAGAGAGGAAGAUCUACCACACUGGAGAGGGCUACUUCAUAGUUACACCAAACACUUACUUCAUCACAAAUACACCCAUACAGGGAAAUAGGAGCACCCUCCUGCCAGACGAAGGGUGCUCUGCGCCCACUUCUGUGACCUAUCUGGUGAGCAUGGACUGCUGUGCAGAGCUGGCCCAGGAGAAUGAGGCCCCCAUUUCCCAUUGUCCAUCAUGUCAGUGUUUCCUUGAUACAAGCAUGCAGGACGCUAAGGACCGACGGGCUGCUGCAGAAGGGACUAGAAAAAAACAGGAAGGUCUUGAACCCACACUUUUGAUUAGGCACCAGGUAGUUUCAGCACCUGAAGGCACCCACAUCUGUGUGAGCCCCAAACCAUUGCCAUACAUCAAAGACAAAGGCAAAAAGUUUGGUUUCAGUUUCUUAUGGCGCAGCUUAUCUAGAAAAGAGAAGCCGAAAACAGAGUAUCACAGUUUCUCUGGGCAGUUCCCACCCGAAGAGUGGCCUGUCCGAGAUGAAGAUGGCUCCAACAACAUCCCCCGAGAUUUGGAACAUGCAAUAAUUAAAAGAAUUAACCCUGUGCUGACUGUUGACAACUUAAUCAAACACACAGUCCUAAUGCAGAAAUACGAAGAACAGAAAAAAUAUAAUAGUCAGGGUACUUCCACUGAAGUACUGACAACCAGGCAUAAGUAUUCUUCUAAAGAGGGAAUUUGGAAAAGGCGGGGCCGGUGUGCCAAGCCUCACAGGCGGGGCUAUUCUCAUCGGAAUAGACACAAAGCAUGGAGUCAGGGAACCAUUGGACAGGAAAAGCACCCCAAGAUCCCUGCAGCCCAGCCUGUACCCAAAAUGAGAAGCCCCAAUAAAGAAAUUCAGCAGUUGCAUGGUGGGAACCCAGCUGUACUAGGUUCCCACUUGAUUUAUAAAAAACAGAUCAGCAAUCCCUUCCCAGGCAUGCAUCUCCGAGGACACCCAAUAUCCAAAGGGCACAUUGUAGAGAAGAGCCAGCAUCUGGAACCUAGUCCAGUUGGGUCAGAGCAAAAGCCUUUUCGGAGGGUAGGGUCUUCAGGUCCUAACAGUGCUUUUGACAGUGGAGCCCAAGAGCCGAAUGCGGACCAGUGCCAUGAUAAAUGGGGAACAGAAACCAUGCAUGCGAUGAAGGCGCCUGUCCAUCCUGUCAGUGAUGUCAAAGGUGGCCUGGGAAAUUACCCUCCACGUAGUGUUUUGCUAAGCCACCCUCGGUGCUGUUCCUUCAGGGAAAGCAUGUUGAGAAGUGGUGUAUAUAAUGAAGAAAGCAAGGUCAUCCCUGAAGUCUUGAGGAAAAGUUAUUCUGAUUGUGACAUGCUCUUGGGAACCAAAGAAAUGCCCUCACAGACUUCCUCCUCUUUGGAGCCCGCAUCCUGUGUGCAUACGUCAGUGGAUAAGAUGGUACACCAAUUCCAAAGCCUGGACCUCUUAGAUUGCCCAGCUGGGGCAAACCAUUUAAGGACACCUGAAAGACAAGAUGGUGACUCAGAAGAACUAACUCGGAAGGUGUUUGUCCCAGAGGCAGAGAUUGUAAACAUGGAAAACGAAGGGCUCUCCGACAAUGAGCAGGAGGAGGCAGCCUUGAACCAGAGUAACGCCGGGGUAGAUGAUGGGGCCUGUAGUUCACUGUAUCUGGAGGAUGAUGACUUCUCUGAGACAGAUGAUGACUCUUGUCACACACUGCCUGGACACACUCAGGGUUCCUUUGCAGGUGGAGGCAGGCAGAAUCAUUUGGGAAGACCAAUGAUGACUGGAAGAUCUCUGACUGAAUGUAAUAGCAAAACUGAUAGGUUUGAGCCCCUGGCGCUUGAAAGGAAUCACUGGUACAAGGCCACUGGGUUGUUUACAAAUUCAGGGGAAGGCCCAAACCCUGAUCUUGCUGACAGUCCUGGUCUAAAUUCAGGGACGCCAUUUGGUUUCAACUACAAAGGAGAUCCCACUGCUACCUGUGUCCAGGCCCCAGCAGCCACUGGUAAAAAUUUACUUAAAUGCUCUACUGCAAGGAAAACCAGUUGUGGGACUGAGAUCCUGCACCAUUCUCCUGGUGACACAAAAAAGAAGCCAACUGGCUGGAGACAGAACCGUCCAAAUCAGGAAAUGGAAAACCAUUUCACAGACAAAUUGCAACUUUUCAACACCUCACAUGUGCCAAUGUUGGCUCAGGAGCAUCGAGAGCACAGUGGCCUUGAGGGGACAGAGAGUUAUAGCAUGACAGGAGACAGCGGGAUCGAUUCCCCAAGGACACAGAGCCUGGCAUCUAACAAUUCUGCCAUUUUGGAUGGAUUUAAAAGAAGACAGAAUUUUCUGCAGAACUGUGAAGGCAUGAAGAGCCAAAUGUUCCCAUCCAAUUCCCUGCUUCAACUAACCCCAGUUAUAAAUGUCUAACUUAAAGAUGUGGUCUUAUACUGUAAUUCAGCCUGGCCUGGAUCUCAGCAGGUAAUCAGUCCCCCUGCCUUAACCUCUGGAGUGCUGGGAUUACAGGCAUAAGCCACCAUGUCAGGAUUAAAAUUUUAGCUGACUUUGAAGAAUUCUCUUUAAAAUUGGGUAUGCUCUAAAGCUGAACACGUAUAUUAGUAACCCCACCAUAUUGCAACCUAAUUAAUUCUUCCUUUUUACCACUUUAAAGUAGUUUUCAGUGCCUUUUAUUAGAAAUCUGUUAGUUUUCAAUGAAAGAAACAUGCAAUCAUUGGUCCUUUUCUAAUGAAGCAUCCCUAACUUUAAUUUUCCUUGAUCAGUUUCUCUAAUCUGUAUAAUGCUGAUUUACUACCCAGUAGCCAUUCUCAUCAGUCAUAGGAGUACGGAAUUCUCAGGUUAAAGGGGCGUGGUGGCUAAGAAAUAACUCAUCCCCGAUGGCCGAGUAGUCAAACGUAUCCCAGUGGUUGUAUGUGGCAGACCUUGCUCUCAUGAGAUCCUUCUUCCACAGUGCUGACCCCCACCCCACCCAUUUUUUCAGCCAAUAAUGUCACAUCCAUUCCAAAAAGGAAGACAAAAUCAAACAAGACAAAAAAUUCCUCCAAAUGAAAAGUGGACAGAUGGCUAAUUCUUUUGUCUAUAGUAGUAAGGCAUUCUGUUUAAUUUGUAGAGAACUUGCCAUGUUUUCAAAGAUUUAAAAGGCAUCCUACAAAAAAAAAUGUGCUGCCAAAUUGGGUGUGUAUUAAGGAUUGAGCUGAAGGAAAAACGUGGUGGAAAUGAAUGAAAAAGGGGCUUUUUCUUUGACAAACAUGUUUUUGAAAGUUAAACUCAGGCAGGGCAUUGGUGGCACAUACCUUUAAUCCCGAGCAGGAGGUGGGGGAGGGGGAGCAGAAGAGAGAGGUGAGUAUGUAGUUCAAAUGGUAGAGUGCUUGCCUAGCAUGCAGGAGGUGGGUGUGGCAACUCAUGCCUGUAGUCUUAGCACUUGAGAAGUUGGAGCAGGAGGCCUAGAAGUUCAAGGUCAUCAUUUGCUAUGCCAAGUUUGAGGCCAGCCUGGGUUAAAUGUUCUACCUCGGAAGGAAGGAAGGAAGGAAGGAAGGAAGGAAGGAAGGAAGGAAGGAA